AUGGAGCCCUCUGCCAGGCAUUUUGCUGUUGUAUUUCUCCUGCUUGGACUAGUCAGCGCCUCCAGCCAGAAUAACAUCAUCACAUGGUGUACAGUGACUGAUGCAGAGGAGCAGAAAUGUCUGGAUCUGGCAGGGAACGCUGCAGCCAGGAGCCUCCGUGGAAAACUACAGUGCACGCGGGGCCUGAGCCCUACCGACUGCAUGCUCAAAAUCAAGAAUGGCUCAGCAGACGCUGCUUCCAUGUACCCUGACGAGAUCUACACCGCUGGAUUCUGCUACGGACUUGAAGUGGCUGCAGGCGAGUCCUUCAAUGGCGAGGAUGGCAUCAACUACUACGUGGUUGCCCUGGCGCGACGUUCCUCCAGUGACCUGUCUCUGCUGGAGAUGCACGAGCGCAGCUCCUGCCACCCUGGCAUCCGCACCACGGUGGGCUGGACCGUGCCCAUCGGCUUCCUGGUCAACACAUCGCAGAUCAGCGUGGACGAGCAGUGCAACCUCCCCCACGCGGUGGGGGAUUUCUUCGGGUACAGCUGCGUUCCGGGAGUGAAGGACCCAGAGCACGAUCCCAGGGGGAACAAUCCCAAGAACCUUUGCGAGGCGUGCAUUGGAGAUGAGAAUGACCGACACAUCUGUGCCAACAACCCUCGGGAGCGCCACUUUGGGGAGGCUGGGGCACUCAGAUGUGUGGCAGAGAAUCUUGGGGACGUGGCCUUUGUCAAGCACACUACAGUCUUUGAUAACAUGUAUGGCAGAAACCAGGAGUCCUGGGCCUUAGACCUGGAGUUGGAGGACUUGAAGCUGCUGUGCCCAGAUGGCGGCGAGGCCUCUCCGUUUGAGCACAAGCUGUGCCACCUGGCCGUGGUGCCCACCAACGCAGUGGUGGUGCGCCCAGAGGACAAGUGCCGCGUCUACAAGUUCCUGGAGCGAGCGCAGAAUGCCUUUGGCAAUGCCACACAGGGUUUCUCUCUGUUCAGCUCGGCGGCGUACGGAGCGGCGAACGUGCUGUUCAGCGACGCCACCCAGAAGCUUCUGCGGGUGGUGGGCAGCUACACGUCAUGGCUGGGCCCCAGCUACACCAUGGCGCUGCAGGCGUUUGAGUGUGAAGGUAAGUGCAUGAAAGUGCAUUACGCUGUCUGCAAGUCCCAGUGUCCUAGGAAAGUGUGGUGUGUGAAGUCGGCUGUGACCUGUGAUGUGAGCGCCGCCGCCUGCCUGUCAAAGGGGCUCUUGUUGUGGCUCCCCAUCACGGCGUCCGUGGGUGGCCUGGCCAGGCCAGAGGGGCACAGGGUGGGGCAGGGAGGCCGUCACAUGUGCACGGAGCUGGGGAGGCUCAAGAGACUGUGA